AUGGCAACGCAGGGAAGCCUAUGGUCAGGCAUGCGCGAUGUCGAUUUUUCAGAUUCUUCCCCGAGCUCCUCCAAUUACCUGAUGUCCUUGCAAUCAUUCCUUCAUCCAGCUGGUCCCCAACCCCCUCGUCAUAUUGAAGCCGUAACAUCCAUGCAGACGAUAUCGAUCGAAACAACAACGUUAGAAAGCGCAACCUCUCCCGUCAGCGGUGAUGUCGGACUGCCUUUCUUUCCUACAUACGGCCGCGCUCAGGAUGUUGUUGCGGUCGUCGAUGCUGCAGGAGCUGUGGUAGUCGCGGGGGUCGUGGUGGUGGCUGGACUUGUUGCAGCAGCAGAAGAUGCCGCAGCCUUCGGUUUAGCACUUGUCGCAGAGGAAUUUGCAGCAUUCAGCCAUGCGUACUUCUCACCAAGUUCAGCAGUCUGA